CGGAAAAGGUGAGUACGCUAACGAGGCCACAACUCCCAGAGAGAGAGAGAUAGAGAGAUAUAUAUAUACAUAGAGAGAGAAGAUUGGUGCACCGCGAGAGAUGGCGCCUAAAAGCGCGCCGCUGCCGGUGUCGGAUCCUCCGCCGCAGUCCGUGAAUGUUGCAGACGGAAGCGCCCCCAUUUUCCUGGGGUCUUCCAUGGGUAGGAGAGGUGCCUUUGCGGCACUCUCCUACAUGGUCUGCGCAGUUCUACUGGUUAUGUUCAAUAAAGCAGCUCUAUCUUCAUACAGCUUCCCUUGUGCUAAUGUUAUUACUCUAUGCCAGAUGAUCUGUUCAACAUGCAUUCUUUAUGCAAUGAGGCGCUGGAGGAUAAUUUCUUUUACAACUGGUGAAGCACAUAAAGCAAGCCUUGUGCCACUUCAAACAGUCUUGCAUACCCUUCCUCUUUCCCUUGCAUAUUUGCUUUAUAUGUUGGCUACUAUGGAGUCUGUUCGUGGAGUAAAUGUCCCAAUGUAUACCACGCUUAGGCGUACAACUGUUGUGUUUGCUAUGGUUGUCGAGCACCUAAUCACAAGGCAAAAGUACUCAUUCCCAAUUGUUGGAAGUGUUGCAUUGAUAGUCUUUGGAGCUUUUGUUGCCGGAGCUCGAGACCUAUCUUUUGAUAUUUAUGGCUACAGCAUAGUCUUUAUCGCCAACAUGACAACUGCAGUUUAUCUGGCAACUAUAAACCAUACUGGAAAAACCACUGGACUCAAUGGCUUUGGGCUUAUGUGGUGUAAUGGAAUAGUAUGUGGACUGAUUUUGUUUUUCUGGACAUACAUUUAUGGUGAUUUGGAGCUCACAAUAAACUUUCCCUAUCUUCAUUCUCUUGGAUUUCAGGUUGUGAUGCUAUUUUCUUGCAUUUUGGCAUUUUGCUUGAACUACUGUAUUUUCUUAAAUACCACAUUGAACUCUGCACUGACACAGACAAUGUGUGGCAAUCUGAAGGAUCUGUUCACCAUUGGACUUGGUUGGUUGUUGUUCGGUGGCCUUCCUUUCGACAGGUUGAAUAUUGUCGGUCAAAUCCUGGGUUUCAUGUGCUCGGGUUUAUACGCCUACUGCAAAAUCAAGGGGAAGUAGCAUCUGCAAGUUCUAUUUCAAUAAAGAGAUGUUUUCAUGUUUUAUUUUUUUCUUUCAUUCAAGUGAACCCUUGUAGGUUACUAUCUUUUGGGUUAAUAUCGAGGGUUGUUUUUGAUAAGUCGCAGUCAUUCUCAUCUUUGAACAUGAUCCCAGCGCCAUCACAUGACGAGUUGUGGAAGUUAAAAUACUAGUAGUAAACUAUAGAGGAUAUUCUGAUCCUAAGUCCUGUGAAGCACAAUAGCAAUGGCGUCUUGGAGGUUGUGAAGCACAAUAGCAAUGGCGUCUUGGAGGUUGCUGAACUUGGAGCUAUAGCAUUCCAGAACUACAAUGAGUGAUGCGGCUCCUUUGCUCGUGUGGGUUCUUACUAGUAAACUCAUUACUCCUUUCUGUCCAAACGACUUUAUGCCUGUACGUCGACACACAUCAGUGGACGUUGGCGAUGGCCACCCUACAGAAUGCUAAAUUGAGAAGAUGAGAGGAAAGUGAGAGUGCUUGCGCAUGAGUAAGAGAGCAUACCCUUUUAUGCAUCCACCUAGAUGUUUAUAUCUGAGAUCAUGAUUGUCCAUGUGAGGUGCCACCUCGGCCUGCAAUCGGCCUGGUUGGUGGGACUGUGUCGGGUGACAGAGGUGAUAGUGUCGGUGUCGUAUGUAUGCUAUAGUUUGAAUCCUCACCGUGAGUCUCAUCUGUUGUUGUCUGACUUAGCCUAGCCGUCGGUUGUAGUUGCUAGAAAUGGUUGGAGAUCUAUUUCAGAGGGAUUUGCCUUAGAGGAUGUCCUUGGUCGGGAAUGUUUCCAAAGUAU